AUGCGCGGUAACGGAGGCGCAACCUGCGCCCCGGUGUGCUCAUGGAGCCGGGGGCGGACGGGGUGGGUCCAGGCCCGAGCGUGGAGCCCGCGGAGCCCGAACCGGAGCCUGAGCUCGAUCCUAAAGUCCGUCCCGAGCCGGAUCCCGGUGCUGAUCCCGGUACCGGUCCCGGUGCCGUUUCCCGAUCCCGAUUCCGCUCCCCGUCCCGGUCCCGGUCCCGGUCCCGGUCCCGGUCCCGGUCCCGAUGCCGGUCCCGGUCCCGUUCCCGAUGCCGUUCUCGACGCCGUUCCCGGUCCCGUUCCCGAUGCCGGUACCGAUGCCGUUCCCGAUGCCGGUAUCGGUCCCGGUUCCCGUGCCGGUUCCAGAGCGGAUUGGCAGCUGCAGCAGCGAAUCGCCGCCCGCCGGAACCGCAUCGAUGCCCGGCGCCGGGAAGCGCUUGGAGAGAAGGUGGAGCAGGACGAGGAGCAGGCGGAGGAGGAGGAGAAGGGGAAGAGCCUGAAGCUGGUCGAGGAGACCGAGAGGGCCCUGGCCAAGCUCCUUUUCCACGGGACGCAGCUGCUGACCAACGUCCAGGUGGAAUCCGACCUCCGGGAAUCGCAGCGGCGGGAAAAGGACAGGCAGGACAAGCGCAGGAGGCUGGAGAAGCUGGAGGCGGACGCCGAGCACGGCACGCAGAAGCUGGUGGAGAUCAACUCCAGGUGGGGCCUGGCGGGGGAGCUGAAGGCGCCGCAGGAGCUGUGGGAGCUGCUGGAGCAGCAGCGCCAGGAGUGCGAGCAGCUCCUGGCCAGGAAGAACCAGCUCAUCCAGGAGCUCCAGGAGGAGCUGAAGGCCAGGGACGCGCUGUACGAGCAGACCCUGCGCGAGCAGGCCGAGGCCACCCGGGUGCUCCUGGAGAGGAUGGAGGAACAAACGCGGUCCAUGCUCAAAUCCUACCGGCACCACCUCCGGCACAUCGAGAAAACGUUGGAGGAGGAGCGGCGGGAGAUGCUGACGAGCAACAGGAACCGGUGGAACGAGGCCAUGAGGGCGCACAACGAGCAGGAG